CUUAAUUUCCGAUGAGAUCUGUCUCUAUCUCCUCCGCCGCCUGUGAGAGCCGCAUCGAUUCGACGCACGCUCAUGCAGAAGAAUAAAAUUGUUCAAAAAGGAGAGAGACAUUGACAUCGAAUCCUGGGGGAUUGGUAAAGCUCUAAGGAAGAAGGAUUUGAUCGGAUCAUUUCGUGAGUUAGAGACAGAGAGACAAGACAAUGUUGAAAAGAGACCGCUCGAGUGUUGGAUCGGAAAGAGAUGGCUCGAGGGGUUUGGUAUUGAAAAGGCAUCGGUCCAGUUUGGUGGAGUUGGUGGUACCACACGAUGUUGUAGAGCUCAUCCUCGAGAGGCUUCCUGUGGAGUCUCUGGUGAGGUUCAAGUCUGUAUCCAAGAGCUGGAAGUCCACUAUCGAGUCCCACCUUUUCCAGGAGCGACAGUUCAUCCGUCGUAUGCAGUCCCGAGGUCCAGACGUUCUUUCAGUGUUCCUAAGUUUCUCUGGUACUAGUGAUGUUGAUGUUCCGAAUACAGUUGAUGAAAGAAUUGUGUUGGGGUCAUCCGUAGCUUGUACGUUCAGGUUCCCUGUUACGGGCAGCAUGAUCUGCCAUGGUAGUUGUGACGGUCUUCUAUGCACCUACUGUGUUUACACACCGAGUGUCGUGGUGAAUCCCGCCACCGGAUGGCAUCAGACUUUUCCUCUUUCCAACUUGCAGAAGUUCCUCGCCGACAGGUAUGAUAAACAUGAUUAUGUCUACGCAACUCCUAGGCUUGGAUUUGGUAAAGACAAACUCAAGGGAACGUAUAAGCCGGUUUGGUUAUAUAAUCCAUCCGACUUUGGCGGCCUCGACAGCAACGUCACCACCACCACUUGUGAAGUUUUCGAUUUUAGCACCAAUGCUUGGAGGUACGUCCACCCUGCUUCUCCUUACCGGGUAAAUAAUUACCAUUAUCCAGUGUAUUUAGAUGGGUCACUUCAUUGGCUCACCGAGUGUGAAGAACCCAAGGUGUUAUCUUUCGAUCUUCACACCGAAACGUUUCAAGUUAUCUCCAAAGCUCCCAUUUCCCCUGAACGUGACGAACCUUACAAAGUUAUCAUGUGCAUCCUCGAUAAUCGUUUGUGUGUAUGCGAGAGAAAGGGGCUAACCCAAGUUAUAUGGUCGUUCGAUGAUUCUUCUUCUGGCGGCAACAAGACAUGGAAGAAAUUGUAUUCGCUAGAUCUCACAGGAACUCUCUUUUGGUUUCACGAACUCAACUUCCCGCUGGCGCCAAUAGCAAUUUUGGACAAGAAUAAGAUAUUGCUUCAAGGUCGUGAUUGCUUGGAGCAACCGAUGAUACAUGAUCUCCAUGCCAACUCUUAUGAGUUACUCUUCGGACCUGAAACCAGUGGAUAUCCUGUUUAUUAUUACCAAAGCUUAUUCUCUGCUUUAUCAACAUAAUUAAUUUGUCUUUCUUCUUUUCUUCUUUCGAACCAAUGAACCUUUGUAAUUUAAAAUUCUUUGCAUUUCUAUUGAACGGUGAUUUUUUGGCAAAA